AUGGUGUGGAGUACAAAACAAGCCUUUGAAAUAAGGAGCAUUGGGCAGAAUAGUUUCCAGUUCAUCUUCCAGAAUGAUGAGGAUAGGGCUAAAGUUUUACAGGGGAAAACCUGGACAUUUGAUGGGCAGUACAUAUUGUUGAAGAACUGGAGUCCAGAAGGAGUAGAUUUCUCAGAGGAAGAUGAAAAAGUGCAGCUCUGGGUUCAGAUUCAUCAACUACAUUGGUUGGGAUAUGAAUCAGGAAUAAAGAUUGGCAAGCUGAUAGGAAAAGUCCUUGAUGUCUACAUUCCUGUAGGAGCUUCUCAACAAGGUAAUAUUAUCAAAGUGCUGGUGGAGGUUAAUCUUAAAGAACCUCUGGUGAGGGGUGCGUUUAUCAAGCUAGGGGGAGAUAGUAGAUGGGUGGAUUUUAAAUACGAAAACCUGCAGACUUUCUGCUUUUAUUGUGGGUUGAUUAGCCACUCUGAGAGACACAGUCUGGUCAAGAAGAAGGAUUCUAAGGAAGGUAGUGUCAGUGCUAACAGUAGUGGGAUGGGGGAGAAGGGUAGUACAGAGAGUGAGAGAGUAGAGGAAGGGCAGGGUAGUGGAAGUAAAAUUGGGUCUGGGGAAAUGGGUCUGAUUCCUUCUCCUGGCAUUAUGGAAACCCAGGCUCAUGAUCUUUCUCUCAGCAUUGAUAACCAUCUGAUGGAAGUCAAUGUGCAAUCUUCUCCCUCUGGGGAAAUAAUGCCUAAGAGACUAAUUGCCGUUGCUUCGACGGCAUUGCAUAAUUAUAUAAGGCUAGAGGCGAUAGCGGAUGAAGAAUUUAAACGUUAUGGUGAAGAUGAAGAUUAUCUCAGCGAUGAUGAAGAAUUAGACAUAGACUCGGAGGAUCAUUAUGGUGAAAUUAAUGGACUGGUGAAUAAUCAACUGAAUCAGGAAAUGAGCAUUCUAUGUGAUGCUAUAGCCGAUUCUGUGUACCGUGCUACGUGA